AUGGAUCAUUCAUUAGUAGCAUCUACGAAGAAUAAUAUCGGUAGUGUAUAUAUAUAUAUGUUUAUGAAAGAUCAUCCAAAGGCACUUGCUUAUUAUCGAGAAGCACUGGAAAUCUGGCAAGAUAUACUUCCUCCAGAUCGCCAUAAUCUAGCAGUUAGUGACAAUAGUAUUACAGCAUUAUACGAAGUUGAAGGCUACCAUGCUGCUUUAUCAUAUUGUGAACGUUCUGUUAAUAUCGAGGAAUCUUCUUUACCAGUUAACCAUCCAUACAAUGUGAUUUUUCGUAAAAGGCUUGAGCGAUUAAAACUCCGCAUACAAGAACAGUUUGCUUCUAUGAAGAGCUGA